AACCAGUUGCCUUGAGUUUAGGAUGCAAGGAUGUACAUUUUUUACAGUAUUUUACCGUUUUGGUUUAAAAACAGCAUUUUCCUGUAGAAUCUUUCUGUUUUUUAACAGCAGUUAUUAUUUACUUUCUUUGUGAUGUGAGUAUGCCGUUUUUAUCCCUCCUACACAAGUAAGAACAAAAGCAGAGCAAAAGCAAUCUACUGUUAAUUUACAGUUCUACUACAGUUAAUUAACAGCUCCCCUAUACAGUAUUUAACGGUAGGUUACCAUAUUAAUACCCUGGAACCUAACUCAAUUAUUUUGGGAAACCAGUUGCCUUAAGUUUAGAAUGCAAUACAUUUUUUACAGUAUUUUACUGUUUUGGUAUAAAACAGCAUUUUCCUGUAGCAUCUUUCUGUUUUUAACAGCAGUUUGUUUUACAGUGUGAUAUUUCUUUGUGAUGUAAUUAUGGCGUUUUUAUCUCUCCUACACAAGUGAGAACAAAAGCAGAGUGAUGUUUGCAUCCUGCCAGCAUCAAUAGAUGUCCCAGUGGUACCUCAGAGCCAAUGACCUCCGAGCUCACCUGAGUCCUCCAAGUGAAGGAGAGGGUCUCUGUGUCUUCAUUGUUCCAGAGGAUACGGCUGAGGACGGGCUCCGGUCACGCAUCAAUUUUUACAAGCGGGCUAGAAGCGUUUAGUAGGGAAAAAUCAUGGCACUUGCAGGAUUACUGAAAAAAGACGACAUCACAGCAGCCGUCCAGGCUUGCCAAGCUCCCGGAAGUUUCAACUACAAGUCUUUCUUUGACCAAGUUGGACUGAUGGGUAAAGCCUGUUCAGAUGGGGAGAAGGUUUUCAAGACUCUGGACCAAGACAAGAGUGGAUUUAUUGAAAAAGAGGAGCUUAAACGCUUCCUCCAGAACUUCUGCUCAGGGGCCCGAGAGCUCACCGAGGCAGAGACCAACGCUCUCCUGGCAGCUGGAGACUGUGAUGGAGAUGGCAAAAUCGGGAUGGAAGAAUUCUGCGCCUUGCUGAAAUGAAAACGUGGCCUGAACUUCCAUCUGGAUUCAUUUCAUUUUUCUGUCUUAUUAAUUUUGCAUAUAUCUUCCAUGUGUUGCUUUUUGAUGUGAGUUGCUUAUGAAGGUCUGGAGAAAAAAAGUCCUUGUAAUUGUUUAAAUCUUGUUUGGGAUUAAAAAUAAACAUCAAAAUUGGCUUCUGAUGAUCAUGAAACUGCUAAAUAAAAGUCAAGUAACACUUCUACCAAC